UGUUUAUCCGGUAGUGAGCCUCCUCGUCGUUAGAGCAACGAUGGCUAGCGGUGCGGCAAAACAAGCGCCCAAAAUUGUUUCUAAAACAUCUGCGGGAGGCACCGGGGCGGCGGGGGCUGGCGGUGGGCCCCCGAUAAUGCCCCUUGCCUCUCCGCUCAUGGGGAAAAAGAAGAAACCGUUCCUGGGGAUGCCCGCUCCGCUGGGAUACGUCCCCGGUCUCGGCAGAGGUGCUACUGGUUUCACCACCCGAUCUGAUAUCGGUCCUGCUCGUGAUGCCAACGAUCCAGUGGAUGACCGACAUGCACCCCCAGGGAAGAGGACGGUUGGGGACCAAAUGAAAAAGAACCAGGAUGAUGAUGAUGAAGAUCUGAACGACACCAACUAUGAUGAGUUUAAUGGAUAUGCUGGUAGCUUGUUCUCCAGUGGGCCAUAUGAGAAAGAUGAUGAAGAAGCAGAUGCUAUAUAUGCAGCACUGGACAAGAGGAUGGAUGAAAGACGCAAAGAAAGAAGGGAGCUGAGAGAAAAGGAAGAAAUUGAGAAAUACCGUAUGGAGCGACCCAAAAUCCAGCAGCAGUUCUCAGAUCUAAAGAGGAAGUUGGCAGAGGUGUCAGAGGAGGAGUGGCUGAGCAUCCCUGAGGUGGGAGACGCCAGGAAUAAGCGCCAGAGGAACCCCCGCUAUGAGAAACUCACCCCUGUCCCCGACAGCUUCUUCUCCAAACACCUGCAGACCGGAGAGAACCACACCACUGUUGACCCUCUGCAGGGGCUGGGAGGUCUAAACACCCCUUACCCAGGAAGCAUGACCCCCGGCUUGAUGACACCAGGGACAGGAGAGCUGGACAUGAGGAAAAUCGGUCAGGCCAGGAACACACUCAUGGAUAUGAGGCUCAGCCAGGUAUCUGACUCAGUGAGUGGACAGACAGUAGUGGAUCCUAAGGGUUACCUGACAGAUCUCAACUCCAUGAUCCCUACGCAUGGAGGAGACAUCAGUGACAUCAAAAAGGCUCGCCUGCUGCUGAAAUCAGUGAGGGAGACCAAUCCCCAUCACCCGCCUGCCUGGAUUGCCUCUGCCAGGCUUGAGGAGGUGACAGGCAAACUGCAGGUGGCCCGAAACCUAAUCAUGAAAGGCACUGAGAUGUGUCCCAAGAGUGAGGAUGUGUGGCUGGAGGCAGCCAGACUCCAGCCCGGUGACACAGCUAAAGCCGUGGUAGCCCAGGCUGUCCGUCACCUUCCACAGUCUGUCCGCAUCUACAUCCGAGCCGCAGAGCUGGAGACAGACGUCAGGGCCAAGAAACGAGUCCUCAGGAAGGCCCUGGAGAACGUGUCCAAGUCAGUUCGACUGUGGAAGACAGCUGUUGAGCUGGAGGAGCCAGAGGAUGCCAGGAUCAUGCUUAGCAGAGCUGUGGAGUGUUGUCCUACUAGUGUGGAGCUGUGGCUGGCACUGGCGAGGUUAGAGACAUACGAGAACGCCCGUCGCGUCCUGAACAAAGCUCGAGAGAACAUCCCCACCGAUCGCCACAUCUGGAUCACUGCUGCGAAGCUGGAAGAGGCCAAUGGCAAUACUCAGAUGGUGGAAAAAAUCAUUGACAGAGCCAUCACUUCGCUACGCGCUAACGGCGUGGAGAUCAACAGAGAGCAAUGGAUACAGGAUGCAGAGGAGUGUGACAAAGCAGGUAGCGUGGCUACCUGCCAGGCUGUGAUAAGGGCAGUCAUAGGGAUUGGCAUUGAGGAGGAGGACCGCAAACACACCUGGAUGGAGGAUUCAGACAGUUGUGUGUCCCAUGGAGCGCUGGAGUGCGCCAGAGCCAUCUAUGCCCAUGCUCUGCAGGUGUUCCCCAGUAAAAAAAGUGUCUGGCUUAGAGCUGCCUACUUUGAAAAAAACCACGGCACCAGGGAGUCUUUGGAGGCCCUGCUCCAGAGGGCUGUGGCUCAUUGCCCCAAGGCAGAAGUCCUGUGGCUGAUGGGGGCCAAGUCCAAGUGGUUGGCCGAGGAUGUGCCUGCAGCCAGAAGUAUCCUUGCUCUGGCCUUCCAGGCUAACCCUAACAGUGAAGAGAUCUGGCUAGCUGCCGUCAAGCUGGAGUCUGAGAAUAAUGAGUAUGAAAGAGCCCGUCGACUGCUCGCCAAGGCCCGCAGCAGUGCCCCCACGGCCAGGGUGUUUAUGAAGUCAGUGAAGUUGGAGUGGGUGUUGGGGAACAUAGAGGCUGCCCAGGAGUUGUGCACCGAAGCCCUGAAACACUACGAGGACUUUCCUAAACUUUGGAUGAUGAGAGGCCAGAUCGAGGAACAGUGUGAAAACAUGGAUAAAGCGAGAGAAGCCUAUAACCAAGGGUUGAAAAAGUGUCCCCACUCGGUGGCCCUGUGGUUGCUGCUGUCUCGUCUCGAAGAAAGAGUUGGACAGCUGACCAGAGCCAGAGCAAUCCUGGAGAAGGCACGACUCAAGAACCCCCAGAGUCCUGAGCUAUGGUUGGAGUCGGUCAGGCUGGAGUUCCGGGCCGGACUGAAGAAUAUUGCCAACACACUGAUGGCCAAAGCCCUGCAGGAGUGCCCCAAUUCAGGUAUCCUGUGGGCUGAGGCAGUGUUUUUGGAGGCCAGGCCACAGAGGAAGACUAAGAGUGUUGAUGCUUUGAAGAAGUGUGAACAUGAUCCUCAUGUCUUGCUCGCUGUAGCCAAGUUGUUCUGGAGUGAGCGCAAGAUCACCAAAGCCAGAGAAUGGUUCCUCCGAACAGUAAAGAUUGAGCCAGACCUAGGAGAUGCGUGGGCUCUCUUCUACAAGUUUGAGCUGCAGCAUGGCACAGAGGAACAACAGGAAGAGGUGCGAAAGCGCUGUGAGAAUGCGGAGCCCCGCCAUGGAGAGCUAUGGUGCGCCGAGUCCAAACACGUCCUGAACUGGCAGAAGAAGACGGGAGAGAUCUUAGCGCAGGUAGCCAGCAAGAUCAAGAAUACAUUCUGAGAAAACUGAGGAAAUGUGAACUGAAAACCCCUGGAGAACUCUGACAGGGAACAGCCAUGGACACGCUCAACGAUUGUUUUGUACCAGGACUCUCCCAUCUCAAGCAGACACAAAGUAUUCAUAUAUACCUCUUACCUUUUACAUGUUGUAUUGUUUUACAAAAUUGAAUCACAGUGGUUGUAACUAAGAUGGUCUUGAAACUAAUCAACAAAGAUGAUUUUAAUGUCAAAGUGAAAACAAAUCUUUACAAAUUCAAAAUAGCAUAACUAACAUCCCUAAUCAUUGCUCACCCUCUUCAAGUAAAUAAUCAGGAGUGAUACAUUUGGCUUUGAUUCUUGGCAGCUUUGCACAUGUGUGCUACUGGUCAGACUUUGUACAAGGGGACUGUCAGUGAAGUGCAGUUUGCAGGAUGGAUUGAGGUUUGGACUGACUUUGCCAUUGCAGGACACUGAUAGAGACUUUUCCGUCAUGUUUUCAUUAUAUUUUGCUGCAAUCGUUCUACCUUCAUAAGUAUUUGAGGGCCUGCUGCAGUGAAGCAUUCCCACAGUAUCAUGUUUCCAGUGCCAUGCUUCAUGGUGAAGAUGGUGUAUUUCUGGUUACUGGCUGUGCUUCAUUUAACUGUUCCAGUGUUCCUGGGAAAACCUUGUUGUCCAGACUGCAAAUGACUUGGCAGGAAUGAUUGUAGAAUCCCUGUCUUCUUGUGAAUGAGUAUUUUUUUUGUAAAUUAGAAAUAUGUGAAUGUAAAGAAUGGCAAAAUUAUCAAAAUUUAAACCAUCGUCUGUCAACCUCUGCAACUGUGAUUGCAGAGGUAACUUUCAUCUUUUCAUCUUUUGUGAGCUUUAAGUGUUGACAAAGUGACCUUUGUCUCAUGUUGAUGACACACAGGUGAUUCAUUAUGUGAAUUCUAAUAAAUAGUUGCACUAGUAAUGACUUAGGUGUGUUCUAACGAGCAGGGUUUACAACUUAUCGACAGUUUUGUUUUAUACUUGUUUUCACUUUGACAUUAAUGUAUAUUUUUCUACUGGAAUAGUGUUGAAAUUCUACUUUCAGUCAUUGUGGUUGUGAAAAUUGUAAAACAAUUGAAGAUGAACAAGUAGAAAUGAAAAUGGAUACUUUUAAUGGGCUCAAAAAGACACCACGUUGAUUGCAGCUUCUAUACUGGACUGAACCCUUUUGUGUCAACCAAACUUUUGUUAUUGUCCAAAAUUGUGUUUGUUAAAAAAAUAAUCAAAACCUGUUUUCUGAGGAAUUUUAUUUCCAUGUCUUGUCCACACACAUUGUAAGAGGUCUCAUCUGGAUUGUGCUCGUUAAGCAAGACGUGACAGUGUGUAUAAACUCUGUGUCCGGAUGAAUUACAUGAUUUCUCAUGUUGUAUUGAUUAUCUGCUUUUUUUGUAGCUUUCAUAAAUGUGUUGAAAAAUCCUUUUCAGACAUCCAAUAAAAGAACAAUCAGUGUA